CUAAUUCUAGUUUCUACUGACUUCUAGAUAGUUCAAAGCUAACAGACUUUUGGGAGCAAUUUUGACCUAUUGCCACAUUACUGUUUGCCGAAGGGCUUUACAGUCGGUAUGCAGACACAAAAGUAGCAGUACCACUGGCUAUUUUCUGGCAGGACGAAGCAUGCAUUGGUUUCCUGUGGGUGCAUCAAUAUUUGCUACCGACAUUGGUGCCCCAACAUUCGUUGGUUUGGCUGGGAACGCCGCUGUCUCGGGGAUAGCUUGUGUAAUAUACGAAUGGCAUGCUAUAUAUAUCCUGAUAGCAUUGGCCUGGAUCUAUGUCCCAGUCUAUGUAGCAAGUGGGGUAUUUACUAUCCCAGAAUACCUCAAGAAAAGGUUUGGUGGCACGCGGCUUCAAAUGUUAAUGUCGGGUCUGUCCUUUAUUCUCAACGUCCCCGCCAAAAUAGCGGUGGCCUGGCAGCGGUCAUCUAUACAGACACGUUACAGAGCGUGGUCAUCUUAAUUGGUGCAGUUGUUCUCUUUGGUAUAACCUGGUCGGAAGUUGGUACCUGGCACAAUUUAGUGGCAAUGUAUAGUCAGGCCAUCCCAAACAAGACGCUAGAGAACUCAAACUACACCUGUGGAUUCCCAAGAAAAGACUUCAUGCACAUUUGGAGGGACCCGGUCAAAGGAGACAUUCCAUGGACUGGUGCCGCCUUUGGUUUGACUCUCAUUGGUAUCUGGUUUUGGUGCUCUGACCAGAUCAUUGUCCAGAGAUCUCUGUCCGCCAAAAAUAUGAAUCACAGCAAGGGAGGUGCAGUGUUCGCCUCUUACCUGAAGCUAACGCCUCUAUUCUUGUGGAUAAUUCCUGGCAUGAUUAGCAGGAUUCUUUAUCCCGAUGAGGUUGCGUGUCCAGACCCAGAAAGCUGCCUCCAGGCUUGUGGCAACCCAGCUGGAUGUUCCAACAUCGCCUACCCUCUACUGGUGGUAAGGAAAAUGCCAGAAGGAUUGAGAGGACUGAUGCUGGCAGGCUUCCUGGCCGCUCUCAUGAGUACGCUGUCGUCAAUCUUCAACUCGGCCACUACUCUGUUCACCAUGGACAUCUGGAAGCGGUUUAGAAAGCGCGCCACUCAGCGCGAGCUGAUGAUUGUAAGCAGAGUAGUUGUCCUUGUUCUAGUUAUUUUCAGCAUCCUGUGGAUUCCUGUGAUGGAGAGUGCCAAUGGUGGACAGAUCUGGAACUACAUUCAGACGUUGUUCUCCUGUGUGUCGCCUCCGUGGUGUGCUGCCUUUUUGCUGGCGAUUUUCUGGAAGCGAACAACAGAACCAGCAGUAUUCUGGAGUCUGAUCAUCGGCUCCUUACUGGGCAUCAUCCGAAUGGUGCUGGAGCUACUCUAUAGGGGCUCUGCCUGCGGGACAUUCAAGCCGGACCCCAGACCAGCCAUUCUGAAAGACAUCCACUUUUUUCACUUUGCAAUCAUACUCGCCUCGGUCACCGCAAUACUGACAGUGACAAUAUCUCUCUUUACAAAACCUCGACCUCCAGAAAAGCUUCGUCGUGUCACGUGGUGGACACGUGAUGACCCGGAAGAACUUGAAGAGUCAGACUCAGACGAUAAUUUAGAAGCGGAAAUGAAAUCUGAGGAAGUGAUCAGCGCGCAGCCAUCUCGGCUCAAGAGAUACAUUUACAAGUGGCUGUGUGGUUACGAUGACAGGCCACGUCCGAGACUGACCCUAGAGGACAAGCUGCUGAUGAGAAAAAGGAUGCAGGACAUAGGAGAGGACCCUCGUGCUAGGAGAGUAAAUAACGUCUUGGCGGCUAUUGCUAUAAUUAUAACUACAUUCCUGUUAGGUUACUUUGGCUAGGUUGCAUAAGCCUAAUAAUGUUACUUUAAAAUGCUGCUGUGGUUAGACUACAUUGGUUAGGUUAAUCUUGUAACGACAUUGUAACAUUGUUACUGUGGUUAGACUUCAUUGGUUAGGUUAAUCUUGUAAUGUUACUUUAGUACGGCUACUUUGAUUAUUGGACUUUGUUUGUGUAGCUGUAUGACUAACUGUUAGCGUUAGGUCUCAGUUUCAUCCCCGCAAUGUAAUCAACUCGUCAAAUAUGGAAACCCCACGGGGGAUUUUGUUGCCAUUUUGUAGCCUAUUCCUCAUCUCCAACAGAGCGUGUCCACCCGGCUGACAAGUGUCGUGAGGGGACAUCAUCGCUAGCCUUGGUCCUGGCAAUGUCAUCAAACUUAUCUUAAGCAGCGUUGCAGUUGUCUCUCCCUGUAGUCCACCACCCAAUUUUAUACAUGUAUUUAUAUUUUGCACUUCGGUAGGGCUCCAUAAAUGUUAUCAGGUGUACUUUAUUAAAACAUUGAUUUUACUUCAUUUUCAUGUUUAGUUUAUGCUGUGUAUCAUAGUGUAUAUCUUCCUAUAAGGAACCUUUCGAAGCUCAUGCAAUAAAGAGAUUUCUAGGAAAUCACAUUUUCAUUAUGUUGUUAUUAACAUUACAAAGAGCCACAACUCGAUGUAGUCUUUAACAGGAAGAUUUUAAAGUAGUGAGUUCCCUUGUUCUUGUUCAAGAAACUAUAGAAAUAUCUUGAUGUGUCAUUCAGCUAAAAGCUUUUGUGGGAAAUGCAGGAUCGUGUAAUUCAAAGAAUGUUGCACCUCUUUUAUUUCAGUAAUUCCUGUCUUUAUUGUGUAAAUUAUGAUAACUAAU